ACGGACAGGUGAGCCCAGACUCACGCAGCCUGGCUGCCUCAAGGUCUGGCCUGUGCUAAUCUCUCUCUCUCCCAGGUUCCCUUGAGCCCUCACCCGUCCUUCAACUGCCACAAUGAGAUAUAUGCCAGAACUCAAAAAGUCCCACCCGCAUUUCCCGAGGAGUUUUGCAGUGUGCGACAUCCCUCUGGACCACAUAUGCAGCCAUGACAUCAGCAGAGAUCAGCGCAAGGGACUCGGGCGCUGCUUUCACAGAGGUGUCUGCAAUGAAAAGUCAGUUUCCAUUUAUGUGCACGUGUUUUGUGCCUUGAUCCUGAUCAUUGCUGCGGCCUUUAUUAUCACCAUGAUUUACAGAGUUGUCCACGAAAGGAAAGAAAAGGAAGCCACUAUGGAAUUGCCUUUGUCAUUCAAGUCUGGAGGUGAAGUCGCGGCAGCCGCUGCUGCCCGUAAGCUGGCAGUGUUGAAGGCUCGGACUGCCAGAGCACUGCCGUGUGCCGGAUGUGCCAGGAACACUGAUAAGACAACAGUGACAGUAAUGAAUACUGAAGAAACUAAGGAUUGA